UUCGCAGAUGUCUUUGUUCAAUUGCUUCCAUGGGUAUUGGACUUGAUUCCGAUGUUGAGUAGACUUGCUUGUGCUCCACGCUUGUUCCACACUAACAAGAAAACCUAAACUCUGUUGUUGACGUGGGAGCACUUCCGUGAGAAGUGUGGAAUGUUUUCAUAUAUGGCUAUGGGGAUGGCAGAGUGGGUCACCCAUGACCAAGACCAUUCGGGGAAUACAGGGCUAAGUAUUGACGAAGUAACGCACGAGACUGCGAUAAUGAACCCACCGCGAAUAGGCCGAUGUGUACAUCCGAUUACACUGAUGUCUAACGGUAAAACCUGCCAUUGCACUGGACAACCGACUGCUUUAACAUUGAAUCAGCAGGCUAGAGCAUCUGUUGUCGUGUCAACAUGUGGAUCGGAGAAUCCCUAAUCUUGCACUUUACGGGCAGUUCGAGGAAUGCGAAACUAUUGUCAUGUCGGCCUUGCAAUUUUUUCUACACAAUUUGUGCGUGAUCAGAAGGUAGGUCAGGGAUAUCCAAUUUUGAGAGCACCGUAAUUGUCUUGUGGUAAUUCUUCUCCCUAGGAUUUCAUAAACACACGCUUCGAAGUUUACUUGGACGAUUUGCCAACUCCAGGAACAUUUAGAGUUUUAUUUCGUUGUCGCGUGCCAUUGCUAAUCAAUCGUAAGUUCCGGCCAUGGCGGAGCCGCCUGAAAAAGAUAAAGUUAAGGACAAACCACAGCAGGAAGGUCCAGAAGAGGUGGCGCGUAGGGAGUCGGAGCAGAAGAGGUUGGAAGAAGAGCAACAGCAGAAAAAAGAAGCAGAGCAGAAGAGAUUGGAAGAAGAGCAGGAGCAGAGAAAAGAAGAGCAGAGCAGAAGAGAGGAGGCGGAGGCAAGGCGGUUAGAAGAGAAAAGGAGAAAGGAAGAACAAGACAACGUGAAGAGAGUCGAAGCAGCUCGUUUGCGCUUUAUCAUUGAGACAACACAAGAGGAGGUAAAUGGACUGAAGCAGGAGAACGUGGAGCUUCAAAAGCGCGUGUGCAGUUUGCAAAAGAAGAGGCGGUCUGUCAAUGCGGAGGGACUCAUACUUGAGGGCCAAGAGGCUUAUUACCAAGCACGCAUGCGGGACUGGGCAGAAAUGAAACUUGGAUUUAAGACGCUCAAAGAAGACUACGACAGCAAGAUUGAGGAACUGCGCGGCAGUCUCCAAAAAAAGAAGGCUGAAGCAGAUGCCCGGCAGGAGGGGUUGAUUCAUUUUCUUUGGAAGAUUGCUAGACAUUCACGGGACGUGCUAUCCAAUCAGAGAAUACCAAGAUCUACGCUCCUAGCGGUGGAGCAGGAGGAGCGGGACUCGAUUUUGGAGAAGCAAAUAGUGCGCAUCCGGGGACGUCAGCUGAAAAAUCAACUUGCGAAGCUCGAGCAUAAACUGGAACUCAAGGACCAACUUCAGUCGGAAAAUGGACCUCUUCAUUUGGUGAACUAUGAGCAACUGAAGAUGGAAAAUGAAUCUUUCAAUGCUAAGAUUUCCUUAAAAAAUGAAGCCUUGACGAUCUUGAGGAAGAAGACACGGUUCUUGGUGCACUUACUCACACACGUGAGAGAGAAGCUGCAGUUCCUCUUUGAAGAGUGUAAGGAGAAACGAGAUCUCUUAUUAGGUGAAGACCAGACUUUGUAUGGAUCAAGAGUAAAGUUGUCAAAAAUCAAGGCUUCUAUCGUAGCUAUGAAAAGGAAAAUGGAAGCUUCCCAGAAAAAAAUUGUGAUUGUUACUAUUCCUAAGCUCCUAGACGAUAUGGACUUCCUGAGAGAGGACAUUGAUGCUGAAGAGAAAGUUGUUAACAAUUUGAAGAAACAAUACCAAGACUUGAAUUUCCGAAUUGAAGAAAGGAAGAAGAAACUUUUCUCUCUAGGAGAAGCACCUGUGCCAGCAAAGAAAUUUUCCAAAAACUCAAUCGAGCGCGGCGCGCUAAGAUGGGGCGUGAGGCGUGGAGUUUUUGGCCAAAAUAUGGAUACAGACAUGGAGGAAAUGAUGGCGGAUCAAAUGACAUUAAAGCCACCUCUUUGCAAGCCUUGACACGCUGACUGUGUUGGACUCUGUACUUCACUUGCAGUAUUUGUACCAAAAAGUACUGGGUGUAAAAUAACUGCGCAACAAUAGCUUUUUGUUGUGUAGACGAAAUAAGAGAGAAAUUUAAAAGACGCAGUUUCGGUUGUGUUUCGUUAUGUAGAUAAUUGUUGGAAGCGACUGAAUGUAAGCUUAUGGAAUCUCCGAGCACCUGAGAUAAUGAGGAUUUGAUUUGCAUCCACUGACUUGGGUAUGUCAGCAUACUUGAAAUUGCUCAAUGUAGUAGAGAAUGGAGAGAGUUUUCUUAACCUUAGGCAGCGCUAGAAUGAUAAUACUGACUAGUCUGUGCUAGAGUUGGUUUCUUCAAAGUUGCUUCUUAUUGCAGCUUGGAGAAUAAUUUCAAGCAUGAAGGUUGUGAUCUUUAUGAGAGAUGAAAACGGAUUGCAGCAUUCUUUCUCAAGUCCCUUCCUCUUCAAAUACAAGGAGCAUCAUUUUGGGGAGAACCCAAUUUUUAUGUUCCUAA